AAAAAAAAAAUAAUUAUUAGGAAGCUGUCCAUAAUGUUUUGUACACUCAGUGUAAAUCAUUCAGUGUGUGAACCCAAGGCUUCCCAACCUCUGCCUAAAUUAUUCACUUUGAUUGUGUAACAUUUGGUCCCCUUUUAUUUCCUUAUUAAAGAGUGACUGCCCCUAAAACCAACUAAACCCUUUGAAAACAGACUGUGUGGCAUUGAUAUGAGUCAGAAACAUGUAUUCUAGUGUCAAAAUUGACUAAAAAGUGUAAAUUGGAUACAUUUGGUAAUAAAGUCAGUCUAGUCAAAAACGGAGUUUGGAACCUCAGUGCUUCACGAGUAAAUGAAGGUUGGGUUUGGAUUACAAUGUCAACAAAUCAUGCCCCCUUUUGCCAAACUCCACGUGCACAUCGCCCCUUCGUUUCCCUUCAUUGAAUGUGGCUUCAUUGUUUCAUCGCCCCCAACGCGUUCAAAGGAUCACCGCAGUGAGACUGAAAAGCCCUAUACGGAUUUGCCAUGAAAUACAUGUUUCCAGCAGAAUUGCACAGCCAACAAUUAUGGUUUGCAUGCCCUGCCGAAGGACCCUAUCAUGUGGAAUAGGUGGUUGGAGUUCAUUGGUCCCCAGUGGUGAUAAAGUGCACAGUUGGGUGCCAGACUGAUCACCUGGUCAUGAACGGAUGCCCUAUCAAAAGGAGCAAAGGCCCUCCCAGUCAACACAACCUCAUAAGAUGCCUGCUGCAGUUGUUCGAGAGAUGUCCAGUUUGCAGCCGAACAUCCAGCAUAGAGAACACCAACAAGGGGCCCUCAUCAGCAUCAUGCAGACAUGCCCUCCCUGUGAGCAUUCCUAUGAAUGGAACAGUCAAUCACAUGUUUGUUCACAAGUAUCUGGCUAGCAACCUUCACCUAUCAGCGGCAACAGCUUUCACAGGCUCACCUUCUGUACAAAUACAGAAGGUAACCCACUUCAUUACUUUGAUACAUUUGAUAACCCAAUUGUGACAUUAUUUGUUGCUUAUUUUCUAUUUCUUAGAUGCAUAUAAUGUCCAGGGCAUAACCUAGCCUGGUGGAACCAGUAUGAUCGCUGUGUUCACCAUUCUAUUUCACUUCACAUUUUAUGAUAUCUUAAGUUAAAUAAAAAGGUGAACGCAGCGAUCAGGUUGGGUCGGCCAGGCUAGUCAUAACCACCAUUGAUAGUGCGUGUGUGUGUGACCGACCAGUAUCUUUGAUAAGGGGCCAGGAGCUGAUCUACGCUGCUAUGGCCAUCAAUGGGGCUCUGGCAAACACUUCACCUCCAGCCUCACCUCUUGCCUGCUCACCAACGGUCGUCGAUGGCGAGACCAGAAUGACAAACAUGUAUGGAGCCAGCACAUGGAGACUUGCAAGAUUAUGUGAUGAAGUCCAGACUGACAGACGGGCUUGAUUCUAAUGUUUCUGAAUGGAGACCUGGCACUCAGCAUUAAAAGGAGUACUAAGAAGAGUAUGCCAGAGGUGUGGUGGAGAGGACCUGGAACUGAAGCCAAGAUACACACCUACACUGGCAACGCCAUGGACACCUACACAGGUCCUUCAUACGCUCCAGCAUCUAUCUACAUCCUCAGGCUGCGGUCCAAGGACCAGGACACCAGGGCUACUGUGUACCUCCAUGAGGGCUCUGGGCCCUCGUGGGCCUUCCCACAGCUUCCCUCUGACUCCCGUGUCCACACCCUGGGUGUAGGAAUGACCAGUGUCACCCUCAGCUGGGCCCCCAGUGCCUCCCUCAAAAGGCUGCACCCCCAACGCAGCUAUGACUACUGUGUCCUCGUCAAUCGCAAACACAACUACCACAACCUCUGUGCCGCCCAGGAGGGCAUCAGGAAAGAGCGGGAGAAAGACAAGACAAGGGAGAAGAAGAACAAACAGAGGAAAGUAACUGUGUGGCCGAUCCUCAAAGACUGGUGGUGGCAGCAGUGGGAUGCUGACACUGAGCUCCGAUCACCCGCUGCACUCCGUGACGAGUAUGAUCAUUUCCAAUGUGUUUGUAAGGGAACAGAGAGCGUGUGCACUGUCUCGGAGCUCGUCCCCGACACGCAGUACUACUUUGACGUAUUUUUGAUUGACAGGCUAAAUGGAACCAGUGCAGCAUAUACUGGAACGUUCGCUCAAACACACGAGGAGGCCCGACAAGCUAUCACACCACUUAGGGAAGGGGAGCUCCAGUGGGUGACCUUCCGGGAUGGAGGCUCAACCUCUGGGGAGUUAUUUAGCUUCCGCCCCCGGGGCUGGCAGCAGAGUGGCCUGCUCACUCUCCAGAGCUGCGGAAGCAGUGAGAAGAUCAACAUCACCGUUUCCAGCAAGGGCCAAGAAAUGAGCUCCCAGGCUGUGGGAGAAAACCUGGCUCAGAUCUGGCUCCAGGGCAGCCCUUCCUACCUCAUCCACCUGGAGAAAGAGGGAAAGGUGGCUCCCAGACAAGCUGCUCCAGGAGCGCUGAAGGCCUCUGUUAAGAUGCAGGCGUCCUCCACUUACCAUCGUCAAGGGGUACCUUCGCUCCCCUCCACUCUGCAGAUAAAGUCUUUCAACAGGCUGAGGAGCUGUGAAUCUGUCACCCUGGCCUGGAUGGGCACAGAGGAGAGGAGCCUUUACUGCGUGUACCGCCAGAGGCUGGGGGAGGGAGAGAAGAGAGGCACGGCACCCUGCCUGGGGCCUGAGUCACGGUCAGACACUGAGAGGGUCCUGUGUAAAUACUUCCAGGAGCUCAACCCUCGGCGGGCUGUCACAACAGCCGUGAUCGGGGGCCUGGAGCCUGGGGUGGCCUACAUAUUUGAUGUCUAUCUAAUGAGACGCUGGGGGAUCCCCAUAAAGUACAGCAGCAAGACAGUAAGAACCAGGAAGGAGUGCUGAGCUGCUGUCCACUCCUAGUCAGUCUGCAGCAGCAUUGGACUAAACAAAGAGGUAAUUUACAAAGACUUACCAUGACAAGCCAUUCUACUAUGAGGGAGACUGUUAAGAAAUGUGGUACACCCUCUGAAGACUGGUCACAUUUGAACACUGGUACCCAUGGAUUGGGUAGGAGUAGCAGAGGGGCGACUGCACACCAGCAAAAUUCAUUCCAUUUCAGUAACCUGCUGUGCUUUUUGUCUUUUUGUUUAUAGUUGUUGAUGAUAUGCCAGUUGUCCAAGAGCUAAUUGUGUGGCUGAGUACAAAGGAGGAUAGAAGUUUUGAUUAAUACACAUUUUCAGUGAAGACUGUGCCAAAAAAAUGCAACAGAAGCAGAUGGAGCUUUGAUUGUACUUUGCAAUGGUGAGAGAGAACUUAUGGCAAGAUCCUACAGUAUAUAUUUAGUGCUGCAUUGUUUUGUUUCAAUAUUCUACAGGCUUAAAAACACAGAUAGGGUAAUCUAUUGAUGCUUAGCGCAAAGUCAAUGUGUAUCUAUGUGUUCUACUUUCGCAUGAAGUCGAUAAAAUGAGUUAGUGACUAGCUUCAUUGUCUUUGAUGUAUUAUUGUGCUAUGCUUCAAAUACACCAAUAAACACACAUUAGGUAUCUGUA